CGCGCGGCGAAACCACCCUCCCGUGCAGCCGAGCCGAGCAGCGCUCCGGCCGCACACUCGGCCGCCGUCCCCGGCGGCCCCAUGCCCCGAUGCCCCGCGGGGGCCAUGGACGAGGGGCCCGUGGACCUGCGCACCCGGCCCAAGGCCGCCGGACCCCCCGGUGCCGCGCUGCCGCUCCGCAAGCGCCCGCUGCGCGCGCCCUCCCCGGAGCCCGCCGCUCCCCGCAGCGCUGUGGGCCCCGUCGUCCCCCCGGACCCUCUGCGCGGCGGCUGCGAGGCGCUGGUGGUCCCCGGGCCCCCCCACGGCCUGGCCCGGCCAGAAGCGCUUUACUACCCGGGAGCUUUACUGCCCCUAUACCCCACUCCAACCAUGGGCUCCCCCUUUCCUCUGCUGAACUUGCCUACACCCCUGUAUCCCAUGAUGUACUCCAUGGAACACCCCCUGUCAGCAGACAUCGCCAUGGCCACCCGUGCAGAUGAGGAUGGAGACACGCCUCUCCACAUUGCGGUGGUGCAGGGUAACCUGCCAGCUGUGCACCAGCUAGUCAACCUCUUCCAGCACGGGGGCCGCGAGCUGGACAUCUACAAUAACCUCCGCCAGACACCGCUCCACCUCGCUGUGAUCACCACAUUGCCGUCCGUGGUCCGGCUCCUGGUGAUGGCUGGUGCCAGUCCCAUGGCGCUGGACCGCCAUGGCCAGACGGCGGCCCACCUGGCCUGCGAGCACCGCAGCCCGACCUGCCUGCGAGCCCUGCUGGACAGCGCGGCCCCGGGCACGGUGGACCUGGAGGCCCGCAAUUACGACGGGCUCACCGCCCUGCACUUAGCGGUGAACACUGAGUGCCAAGAAACAGUGCUGCUCUUGCUGGAGCGCGGCGCGGACAUCGACGCGGUGGACAUUAAGAGCGGCCGCUCCCCGCUUAUCCACGCGGUGGAGAACAACAGCCUUAGCAUGGUGCAGCUGCUGCUGCAGCACGGCGCCAACGUGAACGCGCAGAUGUACUCGGGCAGCUCCGCGCUGCACUCGGCGUCCGGCCGCGGGCUCCUCCCGCUCGUGCGCACGCUGGUCCGCAGCGGCGCCGACAGCGGCCUCAAGAACUGCCACAACGACACGCCGCUCAUGGUGGCGCGCAGCCGCCGGGUCAUCGACAUUCUGAGGGGGAAGGCCACCCGGCCUGCGUCCACAUCCCAGCCAGACCCCUCCCCCGACCGGAGUGGCACCACCUCCCCAGAGAGCAACAGCCGCCUCAGCUCCAAUGGUCUCCUUUCUGCAUCACCAUCCUCUUCACCCUCCCAAUCUCCCCCCAAGGAUCCCCCUGGAUUCCCCAUGGUUCCCCCCAAUUUCUUCCUUCCUUCCCCAUCUCCACCUGCCUUCCUGCCCUUUGCUGGGGUCCUCCGAGGCCCUGGCCGGCCAGUGCCCCCCUCCCCAGCUCCAGGAGGCAGCUGAGAGGGAUGGGGGGGCAGAUCUCGGACUCAUGAGGAGGGGCCUCCCUGCCCUGUGGGGUCAGCCCUUCUGGAAACUGUGAAGAUCUCACUCUGCCCCCCCCCCACCCUCCCAGUCCUCAGGACCAGGAUUUGCACAGAAGCACAUGCACGUACCCACAAACCCCAUCUCGUCCUCUGCCCGGGACUCUUACCCCAUAACUCUCAGGCACCAUCCCCUGUCUUGAAUUCCACCCAAAUCUUCAUUUCCUUGUCCUUUCUCAGAGCUGGUGGAACCAGGGAACAGCUGUUCCCUCUGUCCUCUCCCCAGAUGAACAGGGAGGGGAGAGGUGGGCUGUAGGCUGGCACUGAUGACAAUGUAAAUUAUUAGGCGUUUUGGUUGGAUUUCUUUUGUAAUAAACUAUUUUUGUACCAUA